AUGGAUAAAGUAUUGAGACCGGACAGACUUGAACUGGACCUAGCUACAUCAACUCAAGGAGGAAACGCAAACAAAUUCACACAUUGGAGCACUACGAUGGACAACUUCAUCGAGACACUGAAAGACACCGUAACUAGUGACGAAGCUAAAUACAAGGUUCAAAUAAACUUUAUUAGCCCCGAUAUCUUCCUGCACAUAUCGGGGCUAACUAAAUACACUGAAGCCAGCGCCGUCUUACAGGCUCUAUUCGUAAAAACGAAAAACCCAAAUUAUGCUCGUCACUGCCUGGCCAUGAGAACCCAGAAGGAAGGAGAAUCCAUCGAAUUAUACUUGUUGGCACUAGAAAAACUAGCUAAAGAGUGUGACUUCAAGGAUGUAACUGCUGCAGCGCACCAAGAGGAAUGUAUCAUAACGGCAUUCAUAUCAGGAUUGAGCUCACAUCAGAUCCGCCAACGGCUACUUGAGGAUACUAAACCCUUAUCUGACACAACUAAGGCAGCUACCACACUUGAGCAAGCCCUCAGGGAGAAUGUAAGAAGUUGGUUUGAACAAUUUGAGGUUUUUCUAGAGGUCGGGGAACUGGUGGAAGACCCGACAAUCCCAGAAAUCCCGGAGGACGACAACAGAGCUCAGGACGAAACUGACAGACUUACUUGA